UGUAGCCACGUGUUGUUUUUUCCAGGUCUGAAGCCCCGUUGUGAUGGAAAGAUGAGCGCAGCCCCCUCGGACAUAUUCUGCUCCGUUCCUGGACGACUGAGUCUGCUCAGCUCCACUUCUAAAUACAAGGUGACAGUCGGCGAGGUGCAAAGGAGGCUUUCGCCACCCGAAUGCCUCAACGCUUCCCUCCUCGGCGGCGUCCUUAGGAGGGCCAAAUCCAAAAACGGUGGAAGGCUACUGAGGGAGAAGCUGGAAAACAUUGGGCUUAAUCUGCCUGCGGGACGGCGGAAAGCGGCCAACGUAACUCUCCUCACGUCCCUCGUCGAAGGUGAGCACACGAUUGCCAGAAGAUGCGAUCAGCUUUUCAAACAAAAAUAA